GUAGGUUCAACAUUUCCGGUUUGGAAACAACAACAACAAACGUGCAUUGAAAAAUUAAAAUAUGCUAUUCAUCAUUUAAUAAUAGUUAUCAAAGAUGGCCUUCUCGUUGACAUCAGAUAUGAAUUUGCUGAAGAAUAUGCCUGCCUAUAAACCAUUACUGAAAACAGUAUUGAAAUCACAGAUUCAACUGCUGGUUGAGCAGCUAUCAGAAUAUGGGGAUGAAGAGUGUAUGUUCCUGACUGCCAGCUUGACGGAUGGUACCUUAUCAUACAUUGGUUCAAAAUAUGGACACUCAUUUUUAACCAAAUAUAAAAAUAUCAAAGGAAACUUCUUGAAGUUUUGUCUAGAAAAAAACAAUGACUCAAAUCAUGUUCAACAUUUGACAACUGUUCAGUCACCUGGACCACCCAAAGAACAAAGAAAAUUGAACAAAAGACAGCACAUCAUAAAACAGCCUGAGCCCAAACGAUUCAAACUGGAGUCUCAUGAUACAGACGUAUCGGCAAAUGAAUUAAUUGCAGAUAUUACUGUAGAUACUUCUCCUAAACAAUCAAAAGACAAUAUUGAUACUAGUACAAGUAGGCAAAGUGAACAAAGUGAAAAGAAUAAGGAGAAAAUGAAACACCAACAAGAAACAAAGAUUGUUAAAUAUAGUCAUGAAAUAAAUGGUUACGAAAUAGGUUUAAAGGGAUCAAAAGAAAAUGAUGAGAUUCAAAACUGUGAUAAUUUUGAUGACACAAAUAACAUGAACAGUUUUAUUGUCAAAGUAGAACCUGACUGGGAAGCAAAUUGUGAAGAUGUUACAAUAAACAUGGAGGAUAAAUUUAACACGGAGAGUUCAGCUAGAGGUACAACAAACACGGAGAAUAGAUAUAACAGGGAGAGUUCAGUUUCCUCUGAGAAUAGUUUAAGCUGUACGGACAUUUCUUCAUCAUAUCAAAAUUCUAGGUCAGGAUUAAAAGAAGCUUUUCUGCGGCCAGAAUUUCUAUGCUGUAAUGAUAGGCUGAUCUGGGAGAAAAACAAACUACCGAAGCAAAAGCGCGUCAUUAAAUCGGUUCCACUUUGGAAGAAGUACAGUGCAAUAAAAGAAGUAGAACUUAAAAAAGAAAACAAAAGUUAUGAUUGCUCAAGAGUUUAAUGUAGCCUCAAAGCACAUUAUCAACAUGGUUGAAACAUUCUGAACAAAUUAAGGCUGAUGUUGGAAAAAGAAAUAAUAGAUCCGAGAAAAAAGAAACGGCGAUUUUUCUAAUUUUCAUGACAUCGAGACUGCUUUACUCGAGUGGCUUAAAAUCGUUCAUCUUCAGGCAGUAAAAUUCCAAAAAUAACUAGUGUCAAUAUCUGUGACAAAGCAAAACAGCUUGCCCAGCAGUUUGGGUACACUACAGAGACGUUUAAAUGCUCCAAAGGUUGGGUUGAGAGGUUCAAAGCAAGACAUGGCUUUGAUAAAAACUUUGUCAAAAGGAGACAA